AUGGCGGACACGACGCCUGAAGAUGCGGCUGCAGCACGCGCGGCAGAACAAGCACGCCUCCGUAAGGCAAAGCGCGAAGCUAAGAUUCGUGCUGGCGGCACAGCCAGAUUGAACAAGAUCACCGGUCUCGGUGGAGGCUUCCAGCGAGAUGAUCCCGUCCCAUCCCCAGAUGCCUCCUCGACGGCAGAUUCUCCCGCUCCCUCCGCCUCGCCAGCUCCCUCUCUGCCCAAGCCAGCGACCGCCGACCACGCCGACCCCGAGGAAAUCGACAUCUCGCAACACUUCUACCAGCCUGCCACCACCCCGCGUCCUUCAGGACCCCCUAUCGACCCCAACUCGAUGAGCGAAGAUCAGCUGCGACAGAUGAUGCUUGGCUUCGACCGUCCCGGCCCCGGAGCUGGAGGCCCCCCGCCCAUGAACCCGUUCGCGGCCGCUGGUGGCAUGCCCGGCGCCGAGGACGACCCCUUGAUGAAGAUGCUUUCACAGAUGAUGGCAGGCGCAGGCGGCGCUGGUGGAAUCCCAGGUUUCCCGGGUGGUGCAGGAGCACAGGGUUUCCCGCCCGGAUUCCCUGGUAUGCCUGGCAUGCCCGGCAUGCAGACCCCUCAGCAGCAAGCGGACGCCAGCUCCGCGUACCUCUGGCGCAUCCUGCACGCCGUCUUCGCCAUCUCUCUCGGUCUCUACAUUGCUCUUUCUACAACUUUCACCGGCGCCAAGGCCGAGCGCGAGCGUACCGCGCUGGCGUACAGCUACCCCGUCGGCAGCGACGAGGCGGUCACGGAUGUGAAUAGUAUGGAAAAGGGCCGGGAAGUGUUCUUUUGGAUGUUUGCUACGGCCGAGGCUAUUCUUCUGACUACGAGAUUCUUCAUCGACAGGGGCCGCGCGCCGCCUAGUGGGAUCGCCUGGACCAUCGUCUCAUUCUUGCCGGGUAAUAUCAAGACGUACGCUGAGACGUUGCUGCGAUAUGGUCAGAUUUUUGUCACGGUCCGGAGCGAUAUCCUUGUCUCUUAG